CAUGGACUAUGAUGUAUGGCAGCACGUUGGCCUGAGUGUAAAUGUCUCCACUCGUCAGGGUCAUUUCGUUAUCGGUCUGUCAGCGAGAUCUUUGACAUUCACGACAAUUGCCAGUAUCACAAAGAAGAUGAAUUUUGCAUUUCGAAAGGUAAAAAAAUUCUAUGGAUACCUCAGCCGAUUGUUUGUCUAUAAAAGAGCAUUGGACAUCAAUGAGAUUAAAACAUUUGCAACUUGGAAUGAGGACGGCCCUUGGAUUGGUCUGAACGACCAAGAAGACACCAGCAAAUUGGGUUGGUCUGACGGUACCCAUGUUGUCCAGCCCAUACCAUUCCUUACUGACAAGCCUGAACCAGCCAUCUCUCUACGGAAGUGUGUUCUCCUUGGUAAAAAUGGGAAGUGGUUGGAUAAAUUGUGYAACAUGAAGAAUUCAUUCAUCUGUGAGAAGCGGAUAACUUAUUAAGUAACUAACUUGAAACUUGAACUUUGAUAAGUGAACACUUUCGAUGAUUUGUCAUUCUAUUUUUCUUCCGAUUUUGAAUUCAAUCGAUAUUCAGAGAUUUUGCAUGACGCAUUUUAAUAUGUUAAUGAGAGAAAAAAAAAAUUAAAUUACACAAUUACAAGGAACACCAAAAUAAGUAUUGUUGACUACAGAUACUAUGUUGGCAAGCAAAAUGGAUUCUUUUCUGGUGCUUGAACUAAUAGUCAGGAGAAAACGAGUUUUGGCUCACAAUUUAUAAAUCUAAUACUUAGAUCUAGUUAAAACAAAGAAAAACUUGCAGAAGUCACUAAAACGUCCUAACAACUAGUUUGCUAAUUAACACGUUACAGUUUAUUUACUUUACAAGCUAUAUUAUUUUAAUACAUCAAGCAAAUAAAUCCUCUCGUAAUUGCCAUGUUUCAUUAUUACGUCAUAGUAUGUUUACAUAGGGACAAUAUUCUGGAAAACGUUGGAAAUUCGGACCCAUUUAUAUUCUCUCCGCAAGUUGAACUUCAGUUUAUCGUGUUUUGGUAUAUGCCAUGAAUCAAAGAUCGCUUAUGUUCAUUAUUUGAUAUGUAGUCAUGAUCAGUCUGACAACCAUUAUCCCUUGUAUUAAAGCAACAGAAUGUUAUGAUGUGACGUCAUAAUGAAAUAGGGCGAACCUCAUUCGUUAUUUUACUUUAUUAUCACCUAAAAUGUGUCAUGUGAAAGCAAGCCAAAAUUAUCAAGUCAUAAUUAUAGAAUAUUGAUAUUUGCAUAAUUUUAUUCAAGGUUGAUAAUUUAAACAACAUUGUACCAUGAUGCUUAAAUGGACAUGGUCCACUAGCAACCCUUACGAGCUUUUGCUCAUGUUUGAGAAUAAAUAUCCAUCGUAAAAUAAGAAAAAAAAAACUUAUUAUUUAUUAUCCCUUGACCCUAUAUGUGAAUGGAUAUACUGUACGAUUCGACGCCUUAACCGAUGGAUGGAAACGAACUGAUGGAUAUUUGAAGUAACCUCAUUUUCCACAAUGAAAAAUCGACAGCAUUGAAUGCUGAUGGACAAUGUCCCUUUAAAAGUGCAUGUCUUAACAUAACUUCAAUGACUAUAAUGAAAACACUUUUGUGAUUUUAUGCACAUUUCGGCAGUCAUAACACGGAAAAGUGAGGAAAUAAACUUGACUAUAUAGUCAAUAAAAAGAAAAAAAGAUUAUAAUUAAGCAAGCCGUACCCAUGGACACCGCUCCAUAUAAUAACUUCUCUGUGGUUUAUUCUUACGAAUAAAAGU